AAUUUAGCGUUACGAAGAUCUGCUUGGGAACAGCAUCCAUGGCCAUAUACAGAUAAGGACUAUGGAAGUCAGAAUGCGGUGGAUGGAGAUUACUCUGAUCGUUCUGCAGCGGGAGGUCAAUGUUCGAUCUCGGCUGACAACAAUUACACGGAGGCAACUUGGGGGGUUGACUUGGGGGCGGUGGUCAGCAUCAGCCAUAUCGAUAUUUUCUACAGGACAGAUAAUGAGAAAAGACCAACGUCAUUCACAUCUCGGAUGGCAGGGUUUUCCUUGUAUGUUUCAAAUACAACUUCGAAGGACGACGGUCAUCGUUGUUUCCAUGAAAUACAAAAUGCUGUAGGCACGCCAUCAGAGGACCAACGAAUUCAAUGUCCAUUUCAUGCACGUUACGUCAUUUUUUACAACGAGCGCAGGCCGGAGGUUGUUUAUCCGAGCUAUUACUCAGAGUUUGCGUACAGUGAUUUGUGCGAGGUUGAAGUUUAUGGAUGUAGAAAACCCGGAUAUUUUGGCAAUGAUUGUAAUUUACCCUGCCCAGCAAACUGUCAGGAGAAAAGAUGUAACAUCGGCACAGGUUACUGUCUUGGUUGCCUUCCAGGAUACAAGGAUCAGAGCUGUAAACACAUGUGUGACAAGAUGACAUACGGAUUGGAAUGUGCUUUUAAAUGCAGUAACUGCAGAAACGGAACCUCAUGUCAUCAUGUAAACGGAACAUGCAUUCAUGGCUGUGCGGAUGGUUUAUAUGGGGAUAUGUGCCAUGAAGAAUGUCCAUUGGGGUAUUACGGUCAAAACUGCUUGCAACAAUGCAGCAAAAACUGUUAUGUGACCUCAAGAUGUGACAGAGUAACAGGACGGUGCGACCGUGGCUGUAAAUCAGGUUGGACGACAAUCACUUGUGAUCAAAGGUGCGGAAUUGGUUUUUUUGGAACUGACUGUCAGUUCAAGUGCGGUCAUUGUUUUAAUGUCAGCCAUUGUCAUCACAUCAAUGGAAGCUGCUUGAACGGAUGCUCAAAAGGGUAUAAAGGAGAGGAUUGCAAAGAAUCAUGCUCGCAUGGACAUUUUGGAGUAGAUUGUCUGCAUAAAUGUAGCACCUACUGUAGUGGAAAUGGAACCUGUAGCCGCUUCACGGGAGUUUGUGAUGAAGGUUGUAAAGAAGGAUGGAUGGGUUUAAAAUGUGGAACUCCUUCAACACAAGACACACCUAAUGACGAUAACCUCGCUGUCACUUUCGGUGUUUCUUUUGGACUGGGCAUCCCAUGUAUUUUGGCCAUAAUAUUAAUUUUUGUUGGAUGUAGGGAUAAAAAAUGAAAAAAAAAAUCGUAAUAAGUACGUUAGAUGAGUUGAAUUGCAAGAACAUUUUAAUAUAAAAACAAUAUCUUAUCAUAAAUGACAAUUUUGGUUAUAGAAACUAAAAAAUCUGAAUAAUUAUAAAACAUAUAAAAUAAAACAUUGUUACUGAUAUUUUCAUAUGCACUUAUGAAUAGCUACGUUAAUGAUCUAUGUACGUUAUUGUUACUGAGACGAUCAAAAGAGUUUUCUUCCAUUAGUCAUUGAUAAUUAAAAUAAACCAUUUAAAUUAAUGCAAUUCGAAUGAUUAAAUUAUGUACAGGGUGUGACAAAAGUGAUUAAAAUUUGAGCGAUUGUGAAUUCUGAUUGUCAACAAAUCAAGAUAAAUAAAAAAUAUUACUU